CACUUUCAUACUGGCGACUCCGGGAUUGUCGGGUGGCGGAGAGAAGCCACCCACUGACCAGACUCGAGCAUCCAACCGACAUCCGCAGGCGUUCUCGUGUACGAGAGUCAACCUAUAUCUGGACGGAACAUACAAGUUGAUCUUCAUGUCGGACUUGCCUUCGCUUCCUCGCCUUAACCGGAACGGACAUGCUAAGCUCGCGCAGCUCUGUCUGUCUGGGUUGCCAUUCUCUCAGGUGGAGGUAGAUUCCUCACGGUACACCUCCAAUAACAUCUUUGGCGGAACUAUAGCUCACCGAGUAAACAGACUGGCCGUCGUAUUCUACUGUCUGGGGACGCUCGACCUGCUAGGCGUCCUUGAGUCCAAAGUGCCAGAAGCAGCGCGUCCGCGCUGGCGAGAGUGGUUCUGGGAGCAACAGACAUACGGGAAGUAUGGCACUGGAUUCCGACCGGGCCCCUACAUGACCCCAGAACACAACGAAGCGGAUCCGAAUCAUGGUGAAUACGAUGUCCCGCAUCUCAUCAUGACGUACACAGCCCUGCUUUCGCUCGCAAUUCUCCGGGACGACUUCAGCAAGCUCGAUCGCCCGGGAAUCCUCCAUUUUGUACGAUCUUGCCAGCAAGAAGACGGAAGCUUCUCAGCACUACCCAACGGGGGCGAAGCCGAUCUGCGCACAACAUAUUGUGCAAUCGUGAUCUGCAGCCUCCUCGACGAUUGGUCCGGGAUGGAUCUCGAGCGCGCCAUCACAUACAUCCAGCGAUGUAGCAGUCACGAAGGCGGCUACGGUCAAACGCCCGACGGCGAAGCCCUAGGAGGUACUACAUACUGCGCCCUAGCCUCUCUCAAACUCGCCCCCGCAACAACAACCUCACAUUGGGAAACACGCAUCACCCCCGCCGAACGCGCACGCACGAUCAGAUGGCUCGCCGCGAACCAGCUGUCUUCAGGCGGGUUCUGCGGGCGGACGAACAAGGUCGCCGAUGCGUGCUACUGUUUCUGGUGUGGCGCCUCUCUCGACAUGCUCGGUGCGGGCGACGUCGUCGACCGGACCGCGCUAGCUACGUUCAUGAGCCAAUGUCAAUUCAAGUUCGGUGGGAUCGCGAAGGCGCCUGGUGAACGCGCAGAUCCCUACCAUACCUACCUUUCCCUCGCAGCACUUGCGGUCUUCCAGCCGCCGGACGCGGACGAAAGUUGGCAGCUCCCACAGUUGGACCCGCUCUGGAACGCGACACUCGACACAGCGCGUUGGGCGCGGGAGCACAUCCCGGCGCGUAGAUCGCCCUCAUAGAGCUCUAGAUGAUUUCUAUUUCAAAGCUUCCGCGGCGCAGAUGCUAGAUUGUACAUAUCGGUACACUUUGCUACAGAUAAAACACCAUCUGCUCAUGUACC